UCAUGGAAGCAAAAGGUCUGAUAGGAAAGGAGUACCGGACAUGCGACUCCUAUGUGAAGAUGUCGAUCGUGCCAGAUGCUGACUGGAAAUGCAGGCAAAAGACGAAGACUGUGCCAGACAGCAAAAAUCCUGUCUUCCACGAGCACUUUCUUUUCCCGGUACAAGAGGAGGAUGAGCAGAAACGUCUCCUAGUCACAGUCUGGAACCGAGAGAGAAAUUCCAGACAGAGUGAACUGAUCGGCUGCAUGAGCUUUGGCGUCAAGUCCCUCCUGACCCUGGACAAGGAGAUCAGUGGCUGGUACUAUCUCCUCGGGGAGGACCUGGGCAGGGCCAAGCACCUGAAGGUGGCCACGCGGCGGCUGAAGCAGAGCAGAGACUUGGGGCUCAUCCCAUGGCCAGGAUCUGGUGACUCCGGUGUCUCUCUUCAGAUUACCAUCCCUCGAGGAAGUGAUGGGUUUGGCUUCACAAUCUGCUGCGACUCCCCAGUCCGUGUGCAGGCAGUGGACUCUGGUGGCCCAGCAGAAAAGGCAGGUCUGCAGCAGCUAGACACGGUGCUACAGCUGAACGAGCAGCCUGUGGAACACUGGAAAUGUGUAGAGCUGGCACAUGAAAUCAGGAACUGUCCCACUGAGAUCAUACUACUGGUCUGGAGGCUUGUCCCACAGGUCAAGUCAGGACAUGAAGGCAUGAUCCGCAGAUCAUCCUGCAAGUCUGCUUAUGACCUCCAGUCACCACCCAACAAGCGGGAAAAGAACAGCACCAUGCCACCAAGGCCCGAGCAGCGCCGGAGCUGCCACAUACUGUAUGAUGGGAGCGAUGGGCUGGUGUUGAACAGCUGGGAGAGGUACACGGAGAUUGGCAAGCGGAGCCAGAACACCAUGCCGCCCCUGUCUCGGGUCCCCUCCACUGCAGACCAGAACUACAUCAUCUUAGCACCUUUGAACCCAGGGAGCCAGCUGCUGAGGCCUGUCUAUCAAGAGAACAACGCUACUGAAGAGUGGGGAAAUGCAUGUAAAGGGAAAUCACACAUGGGGUCUGGGAGAAAAUCCAGGCUGAUGAAGACUGUGCAGACGAUGAAGAGCUACGGAAACUACCAGAACUGUACCAUAGUGAGGCCACACAUCCCACACUCCAGCUACGGCACGUAUGUGACGCUGGCUCCCAAAGUGCUGGUGUUCCCUGUCUUUGUGCAGCCCCUAGAUCUUUGCAACCCAGCCCGGACUCUGCUUCUGUCAGAGGAGCUGCUUCUUCAUGAGAGCAGAAGCAGGACUAUACAGGUAAGACUCUUUCCAUGCUGUCUGAGCUUUCUAAACAUGUUCUUCUGCAGUCUUACAUAG